GACUGCAAAUUAGGCCUCUAUUUUCUUUUAGUUUGGGCCUAUUUCUUCCAAUUUUCUGAUCAGAACAGCGAGCAUAAACCCCAGAGCAGAGAGGGCUUUCCCCCGGUGUCAUCAGCUGGAGCUUCUGCAGUACGAUAAUGGCUGGAAGAGAACCAGAAUACGACGGUGCUUUGAACUCCGACCUAGUCUCCGAUCAGUCUCUCAAACUCCAAGAUCAGUCAACGCACCUUACCACCACCGUCAACGCCGCCGCUGGCGGACUUGAAAUCACCUGCUUUAGCGAGCUAGUGGAUGACGCUACCUUCCACUUCCAAAUCAUUCGUUUCCCUAAACAGAUAUAUGCAUGGAUCGGUUGCAACUCUACAAAAUUCGGUGACUUGUACGCAGCUGCAUCGACACGACCUAGCAACACGGUCGGUGUGACUUCCGUUCUUGGAGGUUCUUCAGAUAACACUGGGUCUGGAAUCGCUAGGCGAUUAGUGUUAAAAACUGGUCUCAACGUAAUUCUUGCUUGCAGUAUCCCAAAGAAUAGCCCCAUGCUUGAGGCAAAUGCUGAAAAGAAGCUGAUGGAGAAGUUAAUCAGUUUGGGAUACACGCAGCCAAGAUAAUGAUUUGUGAGAAUUUUCUUCCAUGGAAAAACCUUGUAUCUUCAUUGCCCUGAACAUAACAGCGAGGUGUGUCUAUCUGCACCAACACCUGGUGGUUCUUUCUGCUUAACUCCACUUUAUUGAUUUGGAAAGUAAACCCGCAAAUGACAAAAUACUGGCUAUGAGUGCUUUAGUCAGCUAAACUUUUAACUGCAUUGUCUUGGAAGGGACAUUACAUUUGUUGAGGCAAUAGUUGUCAAACUCUCGCAUACGGAAUGCACCUGGACCUUGCGGUCCAAUGGCAAUAAGCUGACUCGAAAGGU